CCCUUCUUCCCCUUCCAUACCUGACGGGAAGCCCCAGCUCAACCGACUCGCGACUUCAUAAGACCGCUGAUCCCGCAGUCUGCGUGCGACUGAUCAUCUCACUUCCCCACGUUCUUGUUGUUGUUUCUUGUCUCUUCCGUGCAGGGUCUACAUUCCAUUAUCCGAUUCCCAUCUUUCCACUUCGCUCGCCUCAUCACCUACGCCCGUCCGGUAGAGCUUCUCGCCAUCGCCGAUUGAACCACUCCGGACCUUUUUCCUGCUGCCUUCCACGACACAAUCGCAAUGGCCAUGGCUGUCGAGAACCGUCAACAGUCGCAGAUGGCCGGCAUCGCAUAUGACUCGAUGCGAGGAGGAUACACUGCAGCGCCGCACUUCACCAACCCUUGGGUGUCCGCUCCAAACGCCGCUCCCCAGCUCUACCCGACCUCGCUGCCCCAAACCUCCUCCACCAUGUCCGCCAUGGACUCCAAGCCUAGCAUGCCGCCAUACUCUUCUCUCCCAGGCACUGCUCCAACAGGUAUUCCUCUCCAACAAGGUCAUCUCCAAUCACAAAACUUACUUGACGUCUCCCAAGGCUCCUAUGCCCCCAGCUACUCCUCCGCCACUUCACCAACGGCCGCCGCAUAUGCUCCGACGUCUGCCCCACAAUACUCCGCGGAUCCGUAUAGAGGAAGUCCCUACGCAUACCAGUCCGACCACUCGCGUCGUGGCUCACAUCCGUCAGUUCCCUCUGAAGUCCUCCUGGAUCCCUCGCUCGAAGGCCCGAGGGUCGUCCCCCAUAGCACAGUCAUUGACUAUAACAACAGACUUUCAAACCAAUCACAGCGCAGCAGCUUCAGUGACGCUCUCGAUGCCUCGCGCGGCAUGGUCGCCAUGAGCCAGACAGACCUGACUCCGAGGAACAUCUACGGCAACGGCAACCCGCGAAGCUCGCAUGACUCCUACGGCUUUCCGUCAACUCCCCACUCCAGCCAUUCGUCCAUCUCUUCCGCCAGCACAUAUCCCUCGUACUACAACGGCUCUGUAGACGGCUCGGCGACGGACUACAGCUCGGCCUCCGAGUCGGUCGGUGACAUGGGAUCUCGCACGCUCCCUCGUCCGUCUGCUCUGGUCGGUACCAACCUUCCGCCUGCGCCUCAGUCCAUGAUGGGCCAGUUCAGCUCCAAGGUUUCGUCCAGCUCGCAGAAGAAGCACAAGUGCAAAAUCUGCGACAAGCGCUUCACCCGCCCCAGCUCUCUCCAGACCCACAUGUACAGCCAUACUGGAGAAAAGCCAUUCAUGUGCGAAGUUGAAGGAUGCGGCCGUCAUUUCUCCGUCGUAUCGAAUCUGCGUCGUCACAAGAAGGUCCACAAAGCGGACGGACGUGACCAUCCGUCGCCAGAUGACAUGUAGAUGAUGAUCAUCGC